CUUGAUGAUGCUGCCGACCGCCAGGCAGUAAGUAAUUCGGGACGCCGACAAACGUCAGGUAGCUUAACAGAGCUCUACGGACGAGCAUUAUUGGCGCCAUUACUUUUAUCUGAUCUGUCUGGAGCGACUAGUACCUUUAGUGUCUUCCCUUUCUUUGUCCUAGAUCUUCACCCACGAUGACUUCCCUUUUCUUCUCUACCCCCGUGGACAUCGACGUUGUCCUCGAAGACAGCGAUGAGCGCCAGAUGGUUGACGUCAAGCUCGACAAGGGCCAUAAGGAGAGAGUGCCUCUGUAUAUGGAUGGCGAAUCUGUCAAAGGGGCCGUGACUGUAAGACCCAAAGAUGGAAAACGAUUGGAGCACACAGGCAUCAAAGUGCAGUUUAUUGGGACGAUAGAGAUGUUUUAUGACAGAGGCAACCAUUACGAGUUUCUAUCCUUAGUGCAAGAACUCGCUGCUCCCGGAGAACUCCAACACCCGCAAACCUUUCCCUUCAACUUUAAGAACGUCGAAAAGCAAUACGAAUCCUACAAUGGCAUCAAUGUUAAGCUACGAUACUUUGUCCGUGUGACAGUCUCCAGGCGCAUGGCGGAUGUGAUUCGGGAGAAAGACCUAUGGGUUUACUCUUACCGUAUGCCCCCCGAGACUAAUAGCCCAAUUAAGAUGGAUGUCGGUAUCGAGGAUUGCUUGCACAUAGAGUUUGAAUACUCCAAAUCCAAAUAUCACCUCAAAGAUGUGAUUGUGGGACGCAUCUAUUUCCUGCUUGUGCGGUUGAAGAUCAAGCACAUGGAACUAUCGAUCAUUCGACGAGAAACGACCGGGUCUCCUCCAAACCAGUACAAUGAGAGUGAGACGCUGGUACGGUUCGAGAUCAUGGAUGGAUCACCGUCGAGAGGCGAAACCAUUCCGAUCCGUUUGUUCCUUGGUGGAUUCGAUCUGACACCUACCUUCCGAGACGUUAACAAGAAAUAUUCGACACGUUACUAUCUGAGCUUGGUCCUUAUUGACGAAGAUGCCCGUCGGUACUUUAAGCAGUCCGAAAUCAUCCUUCACCGUCUAGCUCCCGAGGUACCUACGACCCCUCAGGUGGCCCAACAACAACAAAUCCAACAGCAGCUCCUCCUGCAACAGCAACAGCAAGCAGUGCCACUCCCUCCUGGCUCAGCCACUCCCGGCCCAGGACGAGAGCCGCAUCCUAGUCAAACAGUCACCGCUCCUGCGGCUUAAGUAUCUAUCCGCCUUUUCAAGCCAAGUCAUAAAGCUCCAAUUAUAAUGACUCGCUCGGUUGAGCUGCUCUUGAUAUUCUACAUAUACCCCGCCACGCUGGCUACUAUGUACCGUACCUACUCUGUAUCCGUACACUGUGUGUCUCUCUUAUC